AAAGAGUGGCAAAUAUGUGAGGAGUCAGAUUCUGUCAUGUUUAGGACAGGUACAGUUCUCACGAAAACAGCAUUUUGUAGUGCAACACUAUAUUUCAUCACAGUGUGAGGACUGAAUUAGUAACUUAUAGUCUUAUAGGUUGACACACACACAUGGUCUAUCGCUUUGUUAUGACUCGGUGCACAUCAGAAUGAAAAUCAAUGCAAUGACUCAAAAUGCUGAAACAAAUAUAUGAGUAUUCAUGUAAAUGAACUACAGAAAUGUCAAAACUGGAAUAUUUGCAUAUUCCUAAAGGACUUCUUUUCUGCUUGGCAAACAUUUGUAUUCUUCCACGACAGUAAAGCACUUAUGCGCAGUAACAAGUUUGAAAUUUAAAUGCCAGAGCUGUGGCUUUGAUGUCCGCUGUGACGUCACAUGUUAACUGUUUACCGUUAAUCGCCGUUACGAACGGACCACAGUUGCGAUAGAAAACAGCAACAACAACAAGCACAACAACACUCGUCACCUCUCAAUAUGCCUGGGUUUGAGGUGCGGUGGGAAACUUUGGAGGCUUUAAGAAAUUCAGCCAAGGGUAAAAUCACCUUCGACCCGUACUGGGCCAGGAGAGGCGAGGACAUCAUGGCCGGUUACAGAGAGCCCACAACCGUCUCCUCGCCCGGCGAAGUCGAGCUGCUGCGUCCCGGCGGAUAUACCGAGGUGUCAGAGGGCACGUGCCCAGGAUUGAACGUAAACACUGCCGCCUCCGAUCAUGACAUGAACGAGAUUCAAAGCGGACCGUCCACGGGGUCGCCGCCAAACUCCGCAGAUGUCCGUGGAGUUGUCAACACUACACCCAGGACACUCGCCUCUUCGCCGUUCAGGGUUGCUGCGGUAUCCAGGAGCAUGAUGGAGUUUGAAAAAGAGCGGCGAGCAAAGGCAGAGAUGAUGCUGGGCAGACAGCCGGCAGCUGAGAGUCUAGGGCCGGAGACGCUCAUGGACGAACAGCAGCGACAGAAUGUCCAGAAUUUUAGGGACCAAACUAGGGCUCCGUGUAAAAGAAAACAAAGUGAAAUGCCCCAGCAGAGAGAGAAGAUGGUCAAACUGGAGGUGAUACAGGCAGAGCUGUCGUGGCUGGUGUCAGCCAAUCAGAGUUCCUGUCUCCUGGACACCACAAACACGGAAGUCCUGCCAUUUAGACCUACUGAGGAGUCUGAAAACAUCCCCUCAACUAGCUUCAGCUCCUCCAACACCUAUGGUCACCAACAGCAUUCUAGAAUAUCAGAGGUGGUCCAGGAGACCACAGACAGAGACUACCCCAGUGCAGCUGACAUGACUGGGCUUGAUCUGCAUGAGGUAAAUACCACAGGGGUUCAACAUGAAACGAUAGAGGAAUCAGAGAGGAAUGACUUGCACACACAUGCUAAAGAAAACACUUUGGCCUGGUCUCAGGAACUGCAGGAAUCAGCUGCUCACUUCACACAGUCCUUCAGAGAACUUUCGUCCCCAAAAGAUGCCACCACAAAGUUGUUGAAAACAGAACUUCAAAAAGCAGCAACCAUCCCAAUCAGUCAAAUUGCCAGAAACUCUGGAUCACAGCUCAGAGAACUCUUUGACAAGCUGGACAAUCUGCUGUCAGGAAAGGAGGUGGUAACCGGCGGGAGGUGGGUGUCAACCACCCAGCAUCCUCAGGGGCUCAACUUUGUCAGCUACAAACUGGCUGAGAAGUUCGUCAAACAGGGAGAAGAGGAGGUGGCGCUGCACCACGAGGCUGCGUUCCCCAUUGCUGCUGUGGCCUGUGGCGUGUGGGAGCGUCAUCCUCAGGUAGGAACUCUCAUUCUUGCUCAUCUCCAUAAGAAAUGUCCAUUUGCAGUCCCACAUUAUCCUGAGCGGCCUGAGGGGACAUCAGCAGAGGACUAUCAGAGGAUGCUUGGCUACCGUGUGUACGACUCUGGGGUGGAAAGUCAGGACUGCUUCUUGAAGAGGAUGUCCGGAAUGAUUCGUCUGUAUGCUGCCAUUAUGCAGCUUCAGUGGCCUGACGGCUCCACCCACAAAUCACUUCAUCAUGGUUUGGACCAAGGAUGGCGCUGGUUGGCUCAGAUGCUCAACAUGGAACCUCAGCUUGAAAUCACAGCAACAUUGCUGUUGGACUUCCUGGAAGUUUGUGGGAAUGCUUUGAUGAAACAGUAUCAGAACCAGUUCUGGAAACUUCUCCUCCUUCUGAGAGAAGAUUACCUUACCAAGAUUGAAGCAGUGACCAGCAGUGAAUACAAAGGUUCUGUUGUUAGACUGAAAAAGUUCAUAGAGACGUCACUGCAGAGCCAACAGAUUAGCCCACCCAAAGGUCAGCUCAGCUGCAACUUCUGGAGGUCAUGAGGAAAACCCUGGCAUUCUAAUAGGAACUUUACUGUUUCCAGAAUAGUACAGUAUAUGCUUCACCCUUUUUAAAUGUAUAUAGAAAAGAAUACACGUAGAGAUGAAAAAAACAUAUGGAAAUGUCUAUACAGUAAUCCCUCACUAUUUCACGGUUCAUCUUUUGCAGGUUCACGACUUUGCAGGUUUUUGAAAACUGUGGAAAUUUAGUUCUCACGGCAGGCCUUGGAACCUAUCUCUAUCUCGAAUUUUUCAAUAGAAUUUCUGUAUCUUUUUCUGUUCCAUGUUAAAAUAAGUGAGUAUACAUUUAUUAAAAUGAAAGAGUUUAUGUUUCUCUCUGUCAUGCAUCAACA